CAGAAAUCCAAGUAACGAAAUGAAAAAAAAAUCGUAAAAAAAAUCUCAGUUGAGAUGGAGCUCAGUGUCAAGCUGCUGCCAUCUUUUUCAUAUCCCUCCCCUGUUUCUAGUGUUAAAGAUGUGAGAUUAUUAAACUCAGUAUCGUUCUUUGAUAUGAAAAGAUCCUCACAUCAGAGAGCAAAGAGGUCAUCAUCAACGGCCAUUCCAGCUUUAGUUGAAACAGCUGUUUCUGUUGCAAUUGCAGCCACCGUUGUUGGCACUGCAGCCACUCUUCUUGUUCGGAGAAGUACCAAAGCCUCUGAAGAAGCCGAGGCAUCUAUGAAAGAAUGUGAAGUGUGUGGCGGUUCAGGAAUCUGUUCUGAGUGCAAAGGUGAAGGGUUUGUUUUGAAGAAACUAUCUGAUGAAACUGCUGAGAAAGCUAGACUCACUGCAAAGAACAUGGCCACUCGAUAUACUGCCGGGCUUCCCAAGAAAUGGAGCUACUGCACUAAAUGUUCCUCCACGAGAUCUUGUAUAACGUGUGGUGGAAGUGGAAAGAUAAGCUUCUAGCUCCUUCCACAGAUAAUACUGUUAUAGCAUAGCUUUCUUGUAAUGUUUGUUUAAAUACUUUCAAUCAAACUUAGUUUUUCACAUUUGUAAUCUUCACAUGUCAUAUUAGUUUAGUUUCUUCUUGCGAUAUGUUGCUGAGACGUAAAGAGUACUAAAGUCAAAUGAGACGUAAAGAGUACUAAAGUCAA